UGUGGCGUACAAAUCGAUAUCAACGCCUCCUUCGCCAGCCAUAAUGUCAAAUUUAUCGCGGAGAGGAAACUACUACGCUGAACGAAAACAAGAUGGCGGCCACUACAGCGGAGCGACACGUGCUUAGGUUACAAGGACUUCUGGGAAGUUGUAACGCCUGGUGUAUUUUGAGAGGCAGACAUGAAUUAUUGCAGCUGUAUUGAAGUGCGACUUUCUGCCCUUAGAACCUUGAAAGAGCAAGAUUUGGUAAACUAGAAGCAACAAUGAUAUUAACUGAAGCUCUGGUAGCUUUGCAAGAAAGGUGGCGCCCGAAAAACAUCUGCGUUGGGGUGUCUGCAAAGUGAAAACCUUUAAUUAAUUCAUCAUCAUCUGACAUUUUACACAACAGUACAGUGCAGUGUUCUCAAAAAAAUGCCAGCAAAGAUUAAAGUACGGAUUGUGGCUGCUCGAGAUCUUCCUGUCAUGGAUCGCUCAAGUGACUUGGCGGAUGCUUUUGCAGAGGUUCGACUUGGUAAUGUAUUAUACAAGACAGAUGUAUGCAAGAAAUCACUUAAUCCUCUCUGGAACUCUGAAUGGUUCAGGUUUGAGGCUGAUGAUGAGGAACUCCAAGAUGAACCACUACAGAUCAGAAUUAUGGACUAUGACACUGUGACAGCCCAUGAUGCUAUUGGAAAGGUAAACAUUAGUUUAGGUCCUCUUCUGACACAAGAUCCUCCUGGAAGUAUUGAUGGAUGGUUUCCAAUAUAUGAUACAAUGCAUGGUAUCCGUGGUGAAGUCAAGGUCACUGUUAAAGUGGACUUUUUUGUUGAUUCAAACAAGUUUAGGCAGAGUUCUUGUGGUGUCCAGUUCUUCUAUACUUGUUCUGUCCCAUUUGGCCUCAAAGCCCUUGUCAUUCAUGGGUUUGUAGAGGAGCUGGUUGUUAAUGAUGAUCCAGAAUACCAGUGGAUUGACAAGAUUAGAACACCAAGGUCUUCUAAUGAAGCACGUCAAAGACUCUUUACCAAACUUUCAGGAGAACUCCAGCGAAAGAUUGGUCUUAAAGUUUUGGAGACGGGAGGAAAUGCAGUUAUUGGUUAUCGACAGUGCUUUGACCUUGAGGGUGAAUAUGGCAUUGUAGUACGAGGUAUUGGUACUGCUGUGACUCUGGCCAGUGGUGUUCUUACUACAGCAGGAACCUCUCGUCCAUCCACUCCGAUUCAUCCACUGGCAUCCUCUGGAGAACUGGGCCCUGGAAGCUAUGUCUCAGAAUCUGGAUUUAACUUCCCAGAGUCAUUCCAAACCUUGCCAGUUCCAUCCAGUAAAGUCAUGGCCCCUGCUUCGCGAAGACGUGUUUCAUCAUCUGAUUCAGAUCCAGGCUCAGAAUCUCCACCUAAAGAGUCAUUCCAAAACUUGCCAGUUCCAUCCAGUAAAGUCAUGGCACCUGCUUCGCGAAGACGUGUUUCAUCAUCUGAUUCAGAUCCAGGCUCAGAAUCUCCACCUAAAGUAAUCAGCAUAUGUCUAGGUAAGUUCACUCAUGAAUUGGAGACAAGUAGAUUGUUUUACAUCUUUCAGGAGUUUCCAUUCUUUACCAUUACAAAGUUCCCAGCUGGUUUUUUGAGACACGUUGGCGGUGUUGUAACAGCAAGAUCUGUGAAACUUCUGGAUAAAAUCAAUCACCCAGAUGAACCAGAAACACGAGACGCCUGGUGGAGUGAAGUGAGAAUGGAGAUCCGCUCUCAUGCUAGAGCUCUUGGCUGUCAUGCAGUAAUAGGAUACUAUGAAGUCACUAGCAUAUGUGAUGAGCUAAUAGUGCUGUCGGCAUCAGGGACAGCAGCGUGUAUAGACCUGCAGUCAGCCACAACAGAACCCAGUGGAAUUUCCCAUGGCAUUCUUUCUCCUGUUGUGGACAAAGGCCAGGGUUUCCCACCAGCUUUGCCAAGUCACACAGAUCCACUUGAACCAGUCACCAUUGAUGUCACUGAACAGGAGGGAACAUCACUUGGUGAAGAGAUCUUGUCAACGUCUCCAGUGCCUGGCUGUUCAGUGUGCCAUAUUCCUUAUUCUGAUGUAGAGUUACCUUUUCCUAUUAUACUCUCAAAAUGUCAAGUUUGUCGGCAUAAGAAAGUUCCUGAUGUAAUAUUUGCUACAAUAGAACCUCCUGUUGAAUCACCCAUUGUUGGUACAGGCUGUCUUCUUCAGGCUCGGGUUUGUAGAACCAAAAAGAAGGAGAAAGGUGAAGCAAAUGCUGAUAUUGUUAGUUCUAUCUUACCAUUUCUAGAAUAUGAACUGCACCAACAACUGUUAAACAAAUUAAAGGUCAAGGGCAUGAAUGCACUUUUUGGACUUCACCUUCAGAUAUCAGUAGGAGAGAGCCUUAUUGUUGGAACUGCGUCAUCCACAGCAGUUUUCCUGGCUGCGUUGCCUGCACCACCAUUACUGAAGAUCACUGGACGGCGUAACUUGUCUACUGAAGAAGAUAAGCGACUUGCUGAGAUCCAGAAGCAAAUUUUGGAGACAACCAACAAGAAUAGAGCCAGCUUCAGACUUAAAGAUACUGUCCUUAUACAGACUCCUAAGGGAACGCCACCACCAAGUCCAUCACAGAAGGUUCAAGCAGUGAUCAUGCCUGAGUUAGAACAAGAUGAAGGUCCCAAGGCAGACCUUGAUUUGUGUACAGGGCCAAAAGAUGCAUAUGUUGUAGAGGUUGAUGACAAAAAAGAUGAAGAUGUGGUCGCCGUUCUACUUGAUGAACCAGCCCCUGAAGGUUUUUAUUCCUGCAACACAGAGACGCUUCCUGGUGUGAUCAAUCUUAAAUCAGGAGUGAAGAUGAUAACAGCAGUUCAGAGAAAAACACUUAGUGAUGAAGACAUACGGACAAAUCAGCAGUUUGCUAAGCUGUUUGAAGACACAGUCAAAAGCUUCUGGUUCAAGCUUCGCAGCAAGUCUCCCUGUUGCCUUUCAAACAUUCACUUUGAUAUCGAAAUACCAGAAGAUGACAAUAUUCAGGUUGCCGUAACAGGUGUGGCACUUUGUAUAGAGGAAAGGCAAGUAGAAGAAGGAAGUUCUCUCAAGAACAAAAGAAAUCUUUGUGACAGAUCUUAUUCUCGUGUAUCACACAACUCUGAAAGUGGCAUGGAAUCUGAUGACCUUCUUUUUCCCAUUGAAGAGGUUGGUGAUAAUGCCUCACAGGAAAAUAUAAUCUCUGAGUCAGAAUCAAAACCUAAGAGAUGCCUUGAUCAUCCGCUGUCUGUUAGAACAAAGGUUCCAUAUCGCCCUGCUGUUGAGGUGACAUCAAUGUCGUACUUACCAAAUACACAGAUUGAAAGUUACCUAGGCAACAUCAACUUGUUUUUAAUACGGGAAAGCCACACAGUUCGUGAGAAUGGUGGUUUAAACGUAUUUAUGCAAGCAUUUUUGGCUGAAGCUCAAGCAAUCCUUAGAGCUCAUGUGUUAGCAAUUGGAGGGAAUGCCUUGGUCUCUUACCAGUUAAAUGAGAUUGUUCUGCUUGAUAAUCCUCAUAAACACCAGGUUCCAUAUCGCCCUGCUGUUGAGGUGACAUCAAUGUCGUACUUACCAAAUACACAGAUUGAAAGUUACCUAGGCAACAUCAACUUGUUUUUAAUACGGGAAAGCCACACAGUUCGUGAGAAUGGUGGUUUAAACGUAUUUAUGCAAGCAUUUUUGGCUGAAGCUCAAGCAAUCCUUAGAGCUCAUGUGUUAGCAAUUGGAGGGAAUGCCUUGGUCUCUUACCAGUUAAAUGAGAUUGUUCUGCUUGAUAAUCCUCAUAAACACCAGGUAAGUCACAUUCAGGACUCAUCCACAUAAAUGCGUUUGGAAAUGAGGAAUUUUCCUGCUCAAAACUUAUCAAAAGCAAAUUGCAUCCACGCUGCCUUUUAUGCCGCAUUUUUCCCUGUGUACAUUAAACCUUCUUGAAAACGCUGGUGCACUACGAGAAAUCAACACAACCAUCACUUACGCAGGCGCAUGUGUUGUGAGUGAUGUCAGCAUUCCAAAACCUCCGUUUUCACUGUCCACGCUAAUGCA